GCAACUCCAAUCAGGAAGGCCGCGAUGAGAGAUUUCCUGAAUGCCACUGCCUUCGUGGGCAAAGACCCCGCGAAGGCACAGCACUUCGUGGAGACGGUGAACCGCACCGCGGACCAAGGUUUAGAGGCCAUCAAGAAGCAGCAGGAGGUGAUUCCUGAGCAGCGGAAGGCCGUGGACAGCGCCAUGAAUGCCAGGAUGGCUCAGUUGGCUCCAUUGUGUUCCAGAUACAUGUUCGCGCGCGCGGAACUGCAGGGCUUGAGUGCUGCGCAGUGCAUGGCGGCUCAGGGCCGAUUGAAUGCCGAGCAGCUGAAGGAUGACGGCGGUCCAUGGGGCUGCGUCAACAUGGCGAAGCUCAACAGUGGAGGUGAUCCUUCGCUGCCUUCGAAGACCUGCAACUGGGGCUAUCGUUCGCACAAUCUCAAGUGUUCUACCAGGCUGGAUUACUUGAAAGAUCGAGAGCCUGCUCCUGGCGAGGGUGAAGGGCUUUCCAUGGACGACUGGGUGCGUCGUUGGUGCCAUCCCAACUUCAGCCUCCCUGCACGGCCGCUGAACGCAGAUUUGGCGGCGGGACAACAUGUGAACAAUGAGGAGGCAGAGAUGGAAGCAGAGGCGUUGAAACCUGAAGGAGACAAUGGUGCAGACAAGGUGCCACCUGAUGUGGAAACCGAGCAAUGACGGACUUCUCCAAAGCGAGUCGUCCCGCCGAACGACUGCGCGGUGCGACUGCAGGUGAAAA